AUGUUGUUCAUCUGCAUUCACAGGGGUUGCCUAUUGACAGGUGCUGUGUACAGUAAUGGGUGGUAUUGGAGCUGGAUUCAAGUUGGAAUAAUAUAUAUCCUUGCGACGGGAGCUACUUUCUGUGCAUUAACGGCACUUUAUCUUUACUUCGUUUCGACAAGAUUUCGGAAUAGCACGACGGAAUUGAACCUAACACAACCUGAUUUGUCAUUCCUCACUGAGCCAUAUGAAUGCACAAACCUGCAGGGCGAAGUGAAUGUCUGCCUCAAAGAUGGAGCGAUCUGUUACGGAAAAUGGAAGCCUCCCAGGACGCACCAUUGUUCUACGUGCGGAGCAUGUCGGCGAGGAUUUGAUCAUCACUGUCCUUGGGUGGGGACAUGUGUGACUUCCUCACUGUUGCCUGCUUUUAUACUCGUUCUUAUUCUCACGCCCAUCCUUUUUCUUAUAUCCGUUUUCCCCAUUAUGCCACUCCUUUGGGGGCGUAUUAUGCAAGGCCUGGCUCUAUCUCGCAAGACAACUUGGAUCAAAGAAAUGUGGUGGAACCGAUGGUAUUCGUGGCUUCUCAUAGGAGGCCCACCAGGCAGAUGGGUAGUCGGAACCCUACUAGGAGUAUGGGAACUUCAAAUCGGCGAGAAGGAGUUCAGUAAUCUCGAGGAUCCAGGAAUUGCUAUAGCUAAGCCCGGUAUUACUCCGCUAGUAACGGUCGCCUUCGCAAUGCUUCUGAGCAUAUUCACUAGCGCAAUGGCGUUUUCGGCUAUGCGGAACAUUACUCUCGGACGGACCACUGUAGAGUCUUACAUAUCCAGCAGACCGUCGAGCUUCGUCGAUCAUCGCAAUUCACGGUUCUUGUGUGUUCCCACAUCAUCCAAAGAACGGAGUAUUCGGCCGAUUUGUCCUGACGAACGAUUGUACGAUCUCGGGUGGAGGGAGAACUGGAGGAAUUUUUUCCUCCAAGUGAAGAGAAAUGGCAUAUUCGGAGCCGAAGAAAAGUUCAUCUGGCCCAAGAUCAAUCCGAUAAUUCUGCAAAAGUGCAGAAAGUCUGGUCAAUCGCAGAAGCUUGUGCACACGACUCAAUAG